CGGUCGGUUCGGGGGCGACACGUCCUAGGAGGAAGCACCGCCGGGACUGACACGUGGCCUUGGGCGGCGCUGCGCGUGUGGGUCGGAGAGGCGGGCGCCCGACCUGGACGCUCUGCGCCCGCGGACGGCUGCCCCCGAUGCAGCCGCCACCACCGGAGGAGGCCCGCAGGGACGGGCCUGAGGACUCCCAGUGGUCCAGGCCCGAGUGCCAGGCGUGGACGGGGACGCUGCUGCUGGGCACGUGCCUGCUGUACUGCGCCCGCGUCAGCGCGCCCGUGUGCGCCGUCUCCAUGAGCCAGGACUUCGGCUGGAACAAGAAGGAAGCUGGCGUCGUGCUCAGCAGCUUCUUCUGGGGCUACUGCCUGACUCAGGUGGUGGGCGGCCACCUGGGGGACCGGAUCGGGGGCGAGAAGGUCAUCCUGCUGUCCGCCUCGGCCUGGGGCUGCAUCACCGCCGCCACCCCGCUGCUCGCCCGCCUAGGCAGCGCCCACCUGCUCUUCAUGACCUGCGCACGCAUCCUCACGGGCUUGCUCCAAGGGGUCUACUUCCCGGCGCUGACCAGCCUGCUGUCCCAGAAGGUACGAGAGAGUGAACGAGCCUUCACCUACAGCGCCGUGGGGGCCGGGUCCCAAGUUGGGACGCUGGUGACGGGGGCCGUGGGCUCCCUGCUGCUGGACUGGUGUGGCUGGCCAAGCGUCUUCUACCUCUCCGGCGGACUCACCCUGCUGUGGGUGUGCUAUGUGUACAGGUACCUGCUGAGCGAAAAAGAUCUCCUCCUGGCCUUGGGCGUUCUGGCGAGGGGCCUGCGGGUGUCCAGGCGCACCAAAGUGCCCUGGAGACAGCUCUUCCGGAAGCCCUCUGUGUGGGCCGCCGUCUCCUCCCAGCUGUCGUCCGCGUGCUCCUUCUUCAUCCUCCUCUCCUGGCUGCCCACCUUCUUCAAGGAGACGUUCCCCAGCUCCAAGGGCUGGGUCUUCAACGUGGUGCCCUGGCUGGUGGCCAUCCCUGCCAGCCUGUUCAGCGGGCUCCUCUCUGACCAUCUCAUCAGUCAGGGUUACAGGACCAUCACUGUGCGGAAGUUCAUGCAGGUCGUGGGCCUCGGCCUGUCCAGCGUGUUUGCCCUGUGUUUGGGGCACACCUCGAGCUUCUGUAAAUCUGUGGUGUUCGCAUCAGCCUCCAUCGGCCUGCAGACGUUCAACCACAGUGGCGUUUCCGUCAACAUCCAGGACCUGGCGCCGUCCUGCGCCGGCUUUCUGUUCGGUGUGGCCAACACAGCCGGAGCCUUGGCAGGUGUCGUGGGCGUGUGCCUGGGAGGCUACCUCAUUGAGACCACGGGCUCCUGGACGUCCACGUUCAACAUGGUGGCUGCCGUCAACGGCCUGGGGCUGUGCACCUUUCUGCUGUUUGGAGAAGCCCAGCGGGUGGACCUGAGCCCCACCCACGAGGCCCUCUAGCCGCCGUGCCUGACGGUUCCCUGCCGACCCAGUGCCGCCCGGCUCGGGGUGACCCGAUCCCGGGUGUGUGAGCAGAGCGGGGCGGGUCCCAGCCGAGCCCGGCAACCUGGGCGGCCUCCAUCUCUCCACCUGCCACUGAGGUGAUCGUGCCCUCCCCUUGAGGCUUGCGGGCUGGCAGGGGUGAGUGGGGCUGGUAGUUUUAGUCGCAGCUGCGUUAUUACAGACAGUCUGUUCCACGCAGGUGCCCACGUGGUCACGGGGUGGGGGCACCGGCGACUGGACUCUUCCCCUCAGACCUGCUCUGCUUUGCUUCUUGGCCCUUGGGGCCAGAUCAUUCUUCCUGGGGGGCUGUCCUGCGCACUGCGGGCGUUUAGCAGCUGGCCCCCACCUCCUCGGUGACAGCUCCCGUCAUGACAACCAGCACCGGCUCCUGGCCUCACCUCCUGUCCUCAGGGACCACCAUGCCCUGGGCCAUAAUGGCGGCUCCGAUGGAGUCUGUUGGGGGGCUCAUCUCUGGGGAUCCCCCUCGGCAUCCUUCUCUGCCAGGGAUGCUUCUGGGGAGCAGGGAGCCCUCCCACCUUGUCCUUCUCUCUCUCAUCGUGAGGAACUGGUCUCAUGAGUUUGUAAUAGAUUCUGCAAGACGUGUAUGUAGAAAAACUAAGAAUGUGGAGAGAUGGCACCAGACUUAUUCAAAUGAUGGCUAUUAAACUGGGAAAGAAGAGUGUAUUAA